AUGUAAAAUGGUAAAAAUAUAUAUAAUCUUUUUGUGUGUUUGCGUUCUUUGAUUCACUUUUAAGGUUCCCUGUUUGGUUCUUGUUCUCCGACGGAACCUGAACGUAGCAAAAGUUCGAAAAAUAUGGCGGCGGUUUGUUUGACCAGACUAACAGAGCAAUGGAUACGUGACAGACUUCAGUUAAAACACCCUUUACUCUGUGAUGUUCGGACGUUGAGCCUCCCAGGGACACAUGAGGAGAAAAUCAGACAUCUUGGAAACGCUCUGAAUAACUUUGUCCGUCUAAAAUCUCUGGAUUUGUCAUACAAUGCUAUCGUCUCAGUUGAGGGGGUGCAACACCUGAAGAUGCUGGAGAGGCUGAUUCUUUACCAUAACUGCAUACCAUCUCUAGAAAAAGUACAGGUUCUCUUUGAGCUGCCAGUGUUAAGAGAGUUGGACCUCAGGCUUAACCCUCUCACUAAGAAUUGCCCAAACUACCGUCCACAUCUGGUCUACGCCAUGCCCAACCUGCGAAAACUUGAUAAUUGUCCAGUCAGAGACACGGAGCGUAAAGCUGGAAUCCUUCAGUUCUCCUUUGAACGUCCUUCUCUGCUGCACAGCAGCUUCUCUCUGAAUGUGCAUCAGGACCUAAGCAACGAUGUGUUGAAUUAUGUUGAAACAACUUCUAGAGACCAAGAGGAAACAGACUCUGUUCAGAAGGAAGUGGAAGAGCCGACCAGGGAUGUUUCAGAAGGCUUUGUGGAGCAGAAGAGUUCAACUCCAAAGCUGGAGUUGUCCAGGUCUAUCCUUCGUUAUCCAUCCUCUAGAAAACAUAUCACUGAGUCUAAAGAGCCACAGAUGAACACACUUCCUUUCAAUAAAAGCUCUGCAUUACCUAAAGGAGAAGAAAGACCCAAAGUGUCCUUUGGCCCUGUAUUUAAGAAGCACAAAACUCUUUCUGGAAGAGAAAAGCAAAAUAACUUCCCCAACCUAACCAGGCAUAAAGCCAAGGGAUAUUUUACUCCAAAUCCUGCUCAAAGUGACCACCCCAGCUCUGCGUUUGGUGACAUUCGCCCUCCUAGUCCUCUGAAUCCUGGUUUCAGCCUCUCGGACCCCUCUAACCCUAUAAUACAUCCAACGAGGCUGACCUACUCUAGCUUUAACAAAACACCCAGCCCACAGCAGCAAGCUGAAAAGAAAAAAAAGGGUAGUUAUCGGAAACCCCUGGAGAUGCUCCUCAAUUUAGUGGACAAGCACUGGAGGGGGGAGAGAUCGCUGCAUCAUUACAACAGCUUCCUGUCUCAGGCAGUGCAGAUCCUCUCCAUGAUGGAGAGCGAUAUUUCCAGUCGGGAGGCCGAGGUCAGGACCUUAAGACAGGAUGUGAGCUCUCUUCGAUCUCAAGCGCUCGCACGGGAGGAUGAACACAAAACUGAAGUCACAAACCUGUCUGCCCAGCUGGAGGAAGCUCGUAGAGAGGCGGGCAAAUUAAACGAGCAGCUGAGGAUCGUGUUGGAGGAGAAUGUCGCUCUGCAAAAACAGCUCAUCAAGCUAGAGCGUCAGUAUCUCAAGUCGAUGAUGAAAAGUUCACCGGUUACUCAGAUCAGGGAGGCUCAGACAGAAGUGGAGAAGCUGAGGAAAGAGAUUGAGGGCCUGAGGAAAAAGGUGCAAGAGGCAGAGAAAGUCCAAGAACACAGGCGUGUGUAUUUAUACUCCAGGUCCCUGGUGGCUACAAACGAAUGCUUGCUUGCUGAGCUUCCAGCGAGCGCUGAACAAUAAAGCCAAAGUGGAACAAAGUCGAGUACAGGCGGAUUGAGCAUCAAAGCAGAAUCGUGCCAAGCUUCAUAUAAGCACAAGGUCAGCAGUAUAUCCAUCUGCGUUCUACUCUGCCGUGGAUUGAAUGUAUCAGGACUGCAGCUGCACUGUGACUUUAUUUAUAUGUCUGCCUCAGGCCUGGAAAGCUGCUCACACACGCACACUUUCCUCCUGCAAACACUCAAACAGGACUUGGCUGAGCAUCUUGGAAUCAAGCUGAAUGUAGCUCCUGCUUUCAUCUGAAUUUUACAGGUCACUGGGCGGAUGGUGCGACCCCACUGCAGAAGCAAUCUUGAAAAGGCCAUAAAACAGAUAUCUCUUUUCAGUGUAUUUAUUUUCAAUAAUGCACUAAAAAUCAAGAACACACUUUAAGAAGCAUUGAGAACAAGAGGAAAAUAGCACUGCAUGCACAGGGGCACAAUAAUACUUUCAAAGUUAUUAGAAAAACAAACCGUCCCUACUUUAAAGGUGCACAGUAUUUGGCAUCAAAGACAGAAAAAUAGUCAAGCUAACACCGAAAGCUGCUAGUUUCGCACUCGAUGCAUGAUUCUUCAUCAGCUGAGGCUGCAGGUAGUGUGCUGCACACAAUACUGUCAUCUUGUAAAAAUAUUCUACAAAAAAAUAUUGUAUGCAGUUUUCCCUUUUAUCUGGUCGAAUAUGUAAGUAAACAUUAAACCCCUGCUUUUUUCAGUCCAUUACUGUGCCUUAGAUGACAGUAGCUUACAUAAAAAGGUAAAGACAACAAGGCUAGCAUAAGAGGACAGCUCACUUUCUACAAGUACAAAUACAGUCAUUGCAGGCAAAUACACGAUUUGAUCAUGAUGCCACAAUACUUAUUUACUUUUAUCUUAUUUUUUAACCAAUAAAAUACUUAAGUCUGACCAGUAGUCUGUAAUCACAUCAGGCACAGCA